CAGCCCUCCCGGGCGGCCCCGGAGUCCGCAGCCAUGAGGGCCGGACCCGGGGGGCUCGCCUGGCGCGGGGCGCGUCCCGGAGCUCGGCUCCGGCCAGGGGAGCACGUGAGAAGCGGGGCCGAGCGGAGGCGGCCCCGGGAUUUGGCACGUUCGCAAGGAGCACUCGAGAGCCCCGGGAUGGACGCGGAGGGCCCCGGGCGGUGACGUAAGGACUCGCACGGGCUCGGCUCGACUCGCCAGCCGGCCCCCAUGUCCCCGGGGCCAGCGGCGGCCCCGGCGGAGGGAGGCAGGGCGGCGGCAGAGUUAGCAUGGACCAGCGACAGGGGCCACCAGAGCGAAGGCCUGCAGGACCUGCCACGCACCUGCAGCCCAAGGAGGGGACACUGUGGGGGUUCUUUGCCAUCCUAUCGCUGCUGGCUGGGCUGGCCACAGGCACCCUGCGAAUGCCCCACUGCAACGAGACGCUGGACGCAGCCCCCACGCCCCGGGGCACGGCCACUGCCAGCCUGUCUGGGGAGGAUGCUGUGGAGGCGCCCCUUGCUGCUGCUGCUGCCUGGAACCAGCUGUACGGGGACAACGCGACAACAGGUAGCCCGGGCACCGCAGAGCUGGCGGAGGACCUGCUGCUGCGUGCCGAGCGCUCCCCGCCAGCUGCCGGCAAAACCAAAAAGGGGGGGACGAAACUCCCGCGGCGCAACCGCGGGCGCAACUGCCACAUCCGCAACCUGAUGGUGAAGGUGCGCGACCUGGGCCUGGGCUUCAACUCGGACGAGAUCGUGCUCUUCAAGUACUGCAGCGGGUCCUGCCACCGGGCGCGAAGCAACUACGACCUGACGCUGGGCAGCCUGCUGCGGCAGCAGCUCAUAGCCCCGGGGCCGCAGGAGCGCGUCCUCAGCCACCCCUGCUGCCGACCCACCCGCUAUGAGGCUGUCUCCUUCAUGGAUGUGGAGAACACGUGGCAGACGGUGGAGAAGCUCUCAGCAGCCGAGUGCAGCUGUAUUGGCUGAGGAGGGGGCCGCUGGCUUGGCCCCAGCUCGACACAUGCCGACAGACUCCAGCUUGCCACAUGCGGUGGCACUGUGGCUCAGAACAAGGGUUUGGCAGAGGCUGGUGCCCCUGCUGUUACGUGGCCACAAAGAACCGAGGUGAGACGGAGUCGUGACUGGAGUGUGGGUGGCCAAGCCCGCUCCUGCUCAGUGCCAAGCAGCUGGUGCCAGCGGCUACGUGGGGUUCUGGCUCAGUCCUGGGAGAUGAGCUGAAGAGAGUAAGGACCAUCCCCACCACUGCCAGCCCAGUGUCCAUCAGCAGCACCCCUGCACCUGUGCUCCAGGGGCCAAGCAUCACCCAGGCUUCAGAGGGGGCAAACCCUCCCUGUCCCCUCGGGCACCCUGGGGUCAGUGGUGCAGGGAAGGGGUGUCCCUGAGGGCAGGGAUGCAGUGGGGCCAAUUUGCACCAGAGUGGAGUGGGAGCUCUGCACCCGGACCAGCAGCAGACCCUUGUAUUCUGCAGGGUGUUCGUUCCUAGACACCCACUGGGACCCCCACCCCUGCCUGGUUCCCAGGGUGGUGGCAGGUCCCCGCGCUGCUCCGCAGUGCUGUGGCACUAAACUAUUUAUUACUCUAAAUUAUUUAUUUAUUGUUCUCGAGCGGCAGCUCCUAUUUAUGACUUUGGGCCCCCAGCGGCCGGGUGUAAUUUAACCCCAGCGCUGCACUGAAGCCCUGGGCAGCGCCCCGUGCACCCCCGCAUCCUUUUUCUAUUAUUUGUAAAAUUUGAGGGAUAAACUCUAUUUUUGUACAGUCGC